AUGGUGGUUGCUUGGGAGAUAAGAGUCAUCGCCAUGGACACAUUGUGGCCUGAUGAUGUUGGUUACGACAAUGACCGUAGAAGUGAUGGAGUUGACGACAAUGAUGGUCACAACUGUAACAGCGCCUGCCACGUGGGAGACAAAAAAUCCUACGAUGAGGACAAUUCAUGUCGUUUCGAAGACACCAGCUAUUGUCGUGAACUCCUUGCAGAGCUUAACGGCCAGCGUCAUACCAAGGAUUUUCUUGACUUGGUCGUUAAGGUCCAGGACAUGGAGUUUCCUUGUCACCGGGCCGUGUUGGCGUCUACGCCGUACUUCAAAGCUAUGUUGUCUUCCAACCUCUCUGAAGGAAAUUCAAAGGUAGUACCACUGUACGGGGUCGACUCCGAUGGCUUCUCCAAGAUCCUGGACUUCCUGUAUACCGGAGAAAUCAGCAUCACUCAAGAUGACGUUCACGACAUUUUGCAGGCAGCUCACAUGUUCCAAAUUGACAAGAUCACGGAGUAUUGCGAAACGUUCAUCGUAGAAGAUUUUGAUAUGUCAAACUGCCUCGAUGUCAUGCGUGUCUCUGACCUGUAUGGGUUUUCUAAAUUAAGGGAAAAGACCAGGGAAGUGGCAUUGUCGAACUUCUCAGAGAUAUGUCAAAAUGAAGAAUUUCUGACUCUUUCGGGAGAUGAGCUCUUGGAUCUACUCACAGACGAGAAACUGCGAGUUACGGACGAAGAAGAGGUUGUUGCUGCUGUGAUCCGAUGGCUCGACCAAGAUCCGGAAAACUGCAGAGCAGUGAUAGUCGCUAUACUUCAAGAGAUCCGCCUGAUGUCCGUGAGAGUCAGUACACUAAAGAAGCUAGAGUUGCAUCCUGUGAUACAAGAUUCUCCUGAAUGUUUGGCAAUAGUCAAAACAGCAAUGAAGAAACACUUUUCCACUACACAAGCAGUGGCAGAUGAGUGGAAACUUAGGCGAAGACGUGGUACAUCAGACGACCUGGCAGUUCUUGUCGGUGGUUGGAGGAUAGACGAUGACGAGACCAGACUGAAUAUACGCGGCUUGGGAACUCCGUCUUACCACGUCACCAACCUACCGACGCCCGUUACCGGCUACAUGAGUGUCACAAGUGCAGAACGAUGCCUCUACGUAACAGGUGGUCGCGCCCAUCCUUUGAUCGGAGAACAGGGUCCCCACAGUGCCCCUUCCAGGCAAGCAUUUCGGUACGACUUCCUCACAGACACUUGGACGGCCUUACCCGACAUGCCUCGUGGUAGGGCAGGGCACCAGUCGGCCAUUGUCGAUGAGAAACUGUUCCUGGUUAAAGGUGACACUGACGACACCUCUGAGUUGAGCAUGGAUUGUUACGAUCUUGAAGUGGAAGCUUGGAUGAAGCCUCCCACGCUUCCAGAAUUAGACCCUUCGUCUGAUUUAACGGUAACAGCCUGCGGAAGUAAGCUUGUUUUCGUUGAGCUUUUGAAUAACAUAAAGGAGGAGGGCAGCUACAGAUGGUUUCGGCCAGAACUGCGUAUUCACGGGUUUGACGUGAAAACCGCACAUUGGCUGUACGACCACACAUUUCCGUCGUGCUCUUCGGAACGCCUUUAUCAGUUGGUGACUGCUGUGCACGAGAAGGUACAUAUCCUCCUUGUUGGAGGCUCGUCAGUGAACCGAGAAAUAGUGGUCUAUGAUGUCGAAAAAGGAACCCUAUUCGAGACUGAGGAAAACGAAGGUUUGACUUUUUGUGGCACACGGUACGUGGACAUGCAUGUUGAUGAGGACAAUUCCAUGGUCCAGCGGGAGGACGUAAUCUACAGCAAUUUUGAUGCAAACAACCAAAGCACACCUGGCUUUAAGUGGGACAGAGCUUCAACGUUACCCUUCACCAUGAUUGGUCAAAGUAUUCUGGCAACCAAGAAGAGCACCAUCGGAUGGUACUGCAGGGAUCUUGACAAAGUAGAGCACGACGAGGAAGAUGAGACCACGUCUUUGGGAAGAGCUGUCACAUGUAUUCCAAUAGAUUAGGAUGAUUCCUACAUGACUAGUUGCUUAUUUUUGACAAAUGGUCUCGUGGAGUGAACGGUUGGGUCGACCUAGGUUGAGUUUGUUUGUUUGUUUUGUUAUUUUGAUCUAAUUAUCUCCAUAAUUGUUUGUCUUAGUGCUCAGUGUUUCCGUGAUAGGACUACAGUACCUUGUAAAAUAUGUAAGCUAAAGGAUGAGGAUAUGAAAUGCCCAGAAAUUGAGUGUGUAGUUUACUGCCAAAAUGAUAACAUGUAAUUGUUUUUAAAAAGUAAACUGAUUAUUGUGAGUUGUGCAUGCUAGUACUAGAUCAUUCAGUAAAAACUGAUAAUUAUGAUUUGUCCAAUGUAAAGGACCAUGGGUUGCCUAUUUGUGUUUACUUGAGGAAAUUAUAUAAAGGAAAAUUGUUAUCAA